GUAUGUCUCAUGUGAUUUUAUAUUUGGGUUAUUGAUGUAGUUGGAUUCAUAUGUUUCCUUAUUUUAUUGGUUGCAACACUUUAUUACUAAAACAGUAGAUCGCCAGAAGGUCGUGAAACUAACGGCGUCAAGGUCUAUCUUUCCAUCGAAUUUGGGUUGUCUAAUGCAAACCUAUAAGUAAAGUCUAUUUACAUUAUAUGUUCUAGAGUACGCCAGUUAUGAUGGUGGCCUCUGAAGAGGAGGGGUCUUCAUUAAGACAACGUCCACUUUUAGGUCGUAGACAGGGAGAUAUCAGUGAUGAGAGGCCAGUUGAAUUUGAUUUUGAUGUGUUACGUGUUAAGUCACGCCCAGGUUGGCUGAAACGAUGGAACCAUAUUAUCGUUGGAUUUAUUUGGACGUAUUUGCAUUUUCGUCUUACUUACAAUGUCACACGACAUUGGCAAGAAUCUUAUAGUAUCAUGUCAUUUAUCAGGCAUCAUUACAUUUCGUUGUCUUAUGUCGCUACAUAUUGGAUGCUGCUGAUUACAUCUGUAUAUUCGGUUUUUCAUUACGACCAAUGUGUCAGGUUCCAUGUAAAAAACUUUGACAAGUUCCCGGACAUGUACGAGGACCAUGCGAAUCAAGCCGCUUUGAUGCAUGCUGAUCUUAAGAACUAUAGCAUAUACCUUCAGUUGUUCGGUGCAUUGUUUUUGGCACCGUUGAGAAUCGUCGGCGGUAUGCUAUUUUUCGUUGCCGCCAUGUUGUUCAUCGGAAUUCCUUUAACGGUGUUGUGCGGACACUUUAAGACAAGGUCUCGGCAAUAUGCUGCUUUCGUGUUUUAUUAUUUAACUAUUUAUGCGUUUUGGGGUUUAGGUAUCUAUGAGGUGAAGACAGUUUAUGCAGAAGGUGUUGACCGUGAGAAGCCGAUGAAUGUGAUCAGUAACCAUAUUGGCAUCGUGGACGUGGUUUAUAUGUUACACAGUGGUUCAUUUUCCUUUGUUUGUAAAAAGUCGCUGGAAAAUGCUUUUAUCAUUGGCCACUUCAUCAAAUUGUUGAAUUGCAUUGUCGUCGAUCGCCAUUCAGCUCAAAAUCGCAAAGAAGUUUUCUGGAAUAUCGUCGAGCGUAUGCAAUCCAUAGAUCAGGGCAAAGAACCAAUAUCUUUAAUGGUGUAUCCGGAAGGUACUACUUCUAGAGGCAACAUUUUGCUUCCUUUCAAACAUGGAUCAUUUGGUGCAUUGGUCCCUCUGCAACCCAUGCUGGUUGUACUUGACUACACGUACUUAAACAUCACAUUUGACGCCUUUCCGUGGAAGUGGUGGGUGUUCCACACUUUCUGUUCACCCAUCACUACGGCGUUUAUCGCAUACUGGUUGCCUACUAUUUACCCACCCGGUAAAGAAGAAAUUGCUAUAAAGGGUGAACAGACUUGCAUCCGGGAGUACGCCUUAUAUGCGAAUCGGGUUAUGCGUGAGGCAAUUCUCAAGCUCAACCCCAAUGUAGAUCGCGCUUACCUCCAACAAAGGGAUGUCGUAGUUUCACCAACAUUGCGUCAGAAGCUGCUGGCGCGUUUAUAUGGGCCGCUGCUGCAAAAACAAUAUAGAAUUACAGAUGCCGAAAUGCGCAAAACUGAUGAAGUAGUAUUCCAAUAAUAU